GGUCAUACUGCAAAUCGUUUCUGCUUGUCAUUUUGCUCUGAAUUCUUUGCCGCAAAUCGCAGAUAAUUUCGCGAAAUAAAGGACUCGCAGAAGAGUAAGCUCCUUGAAAAACAAAGCAGCCUGGCAUCUGACAAGCGGUGCAGCAGUCACAGUAAAAGCCCGAACCGAAAACUUAAAAAAUAGAAAACAUGCCGUCGGCGGAGGUGAGCGUAAACAAAGUGAUAGUGCAUCCACUGGUCCUUUUAUCCGUGGUGGAUCACUUUAACCGAAUGGGAAAGAUCGGCAACCAAAAGCGUGUCGUAGGGGUCCUUCUGGGUUGCUGGCGCUCGAAGGGAGUCCUCGAUGUAUCUAACAGCUUUGCAGUUCCCUUCGACGAAGACGAUAAGGACAAGUCUGUGUGGUUCCUGGAUCACGAUUAUCUGGAAAACAUGUACGGCAUGUUUAAAAAGGUGAAUGCCAGGGAACGAGUCGUUGGAUGGUAUCACACAGGACCCAAGCUCCACCAGAACGACAUAGCCAUCAACGAGCUGGUUAGGCGUUACUGCCCCAACUCCGUGCUAGUUAUCAUUGACGCUAAGCCCAAGGAUCUGGGCCUGCCCACGGAGGCUUACAUAUCCGUGGAGGAAGUCCAUGAUGAUGGCUCGCCGACCAGCAAAACUUUUGAGCAUGUGCCCAGCGAAAUUGGCGCUGAGGAGGCGGAGGAAGUGGGCGUGGAGCAUUUGCUACGCGACAUCAAGGACACCACUGUGGGCAGCCUCUCGCAGAAGAUCACCAACCAGCUAAUGGGACUGAAGGGUUUGAACGCACAGCUGCGGGACAUCAAGCAGUAUCUGCAGCGCGUGGGCGAUAGCAAGAUGCCCAUCAACCACCAGAUUGUGUACCAACUGCAGGACAUCUUUAAUUUGCUGCCCGACAUUACCAACGACCAGUUUACAGGAACCAUGUACGUAAAGACUAACGAUCAGAUGCUGGUCGUGUACUUGGCCUCCAUGGUGCGCUCGAUCAUCGCCCUGCACAACCUGAUCAACAACAAGCUGGCGAAUAGGGAUGCCGAGGAAGGCAAGACCGACAGCAAGGAGGCGAAGGAGAAAAACAAGGAGAGCAAGGACAAAGACAAUAAGGAGACAAAGGACAAGGACGGCAAGAAGACCGAGGAGAAGGCCGACAAGGGCAAGGACGAAGGAGGCAAGGGUUCGCGCAAAUAGGAGCGAAAGAAGAAGCGCAAGCCCCGUCGCAAGCGAAAGAAGCAGGGGCCGCAGGACUAGCUGCUGCUUCUUGUGGCACUUCGUAGGAAGUGGAACAACACCUCUAUAUUAUUAGGCGUGGGUGUGCAAUGGCCUCAGAGAAACAAACAUUGCCUCCAUUCAUCGAUCAUUGUCCCCAUGAAAUCAAGCUCCCUCUUUAUUAUUUCGCCAGCUACGCGUAACUAACUAACGGCAAGUUUAUGUAAUUAAAAAUUAAAUAAUUUAAACACUCUGA